AUUUGCCAGUGAAGGUUCUACUCCAUCGACAUCGCCAUCGAUGAGGCACAUUUCGGACCCAAAGCUGGAAAAGAAAGUGACUUUUGCUAGGUUAUUAAAUAAAGUUUCAGCUGAAAUGAGUUCCAGUUCUGACGUAGACAUGGUAAACACUAUCGCUAUUCCCAUGGCUGUCAUAGCUGAUAGAACUGUUAAGACUAAAGCUUCGAGUACUCCCCCAUCCCCGGGUGUAGAAGUUAGAUCUCCACAUAGCACGUCAAGCAAUCAAGGCAGCGACUCUAUGUCAAGCCUAGACUUGACUUUAGCUCAUGCUGCCUUAAAGAAGUAUUCGAGAACUCCAAAAAUUUCAAGUGCGGACUCAAUACUAGCAAUGUUCCGAAACUUCUCGUCAUCAACCGCCGCUGUGUCCAGAGCGUCUUCCGGCGGAAUAUCGGCGUCCAGCACACCAACUGCCUCGUCUCCACAGGAUGACACCGUCGACGACGACAUAUCUCUCGCCUCAUCGCACGUACCCUCGCUAGCGCCCGAUUCACCGGUUGCUAGACCUCACAAUACUAUCGAGAUUCAGGUUCUUGAUCCGUUGAGCGCUCACAAAUCAACUAAUUCAGGAAGCAAUCUACUUCACCCGCCCUCAAUCCUUCUUGAAGUUCCGAGUACUAUAAACAAAUGCCUAUCACCAAUACGAGAGCUGCCCACUCCUUUACCAACACCUCUACCAACUCCCUUAGCAACGCCGUUACCUUCGCCAAGAAUGCCAAGAUCCAAAAUGGAAUCAGAUAUCAAGAGUGAAUCAACAGCCUGCCUUUCUCCUAGUGAAGAUGAAUUAGAUGAAAUCAAACCGGAAAAAACUGAACGGCCCACUGCAGGCUUAAGAUUAAAGUUAAGACAGCCAGCGAUUAGUAUAGACACGCCGACGCCGUCCACUCACGUGACAGAUUCACCUACUCCCAGUUUCACCCACAGCCAGGAUUCUGAACGCGAGAUGUCUUCUCCAUCACCUGCGCCACCAACAUUAAGAGUUCCAGUCCUCAUGAUUGAGCGACCGUCACCAGGCUCGCCACCACCUAGACGAACACCUCCACAUUUAGAAUUCCAGCCACCGCCAUUGAUAACAGUCACCUAUAAUGCUAGCGAAGAAUCAGACGAACCACUUUCUCCGAGACCCCCGCCGCCAUCAGGAAACAUGUGCUAUUUAAGUCCAUUUUCAAUGUCCGCUCGCGGGGAAAGAGCUCCUUCAGAAUCAAAUCUAUCAUCAUCUGGAUACAGUUCCAUGGCAAGCCCGGGUCCGUCCCGGUGCGGUUCGAGCAAUCCCCUAUGUCCUUCAGAAAUGGAAGACCCGGGGUCAGGAGGUGGACCAUCGUGUUUUCAGUCGAGACGACGACCUUUGAUGAAGACCAAUUCAAGUCCUGCCGGUUCGAGUAACGAUACUAAUGAAAGGCGACGCGGCAGAUCCGAUUCGGAAACUUUGUCCGAUGAUCCUCUGCUGGAGUCUAAUGACGAAGGAAUUGGCACCGAUGAAAGAGUUGAUGACGUACCCUCAAGCGCUAAAGAAAUGGAAAAUUUGGUCCUUUUGAAGGAGACUUUAGAGAUACCUCAAAUUUGUUCCCCAAGUGGUGUAACGAAAUGUUCCAUUGUGAAGUGCAUAAGUGUUGAGAGGGGAUUAGAUGAAAGAACGAGCUUGAAGCCACCGAUGUUGCUGUCUGACGGCAGCCGACCGCUCAGCCCCGUUAGCUCUCGUAGUGAAAGUCCACUCAGUGAUAAAACGGGCCUGGGAAGAUUUUCUCCGCAGUUUUAUGGACGUCAGCUGCCGUUUACAGAUUCAGAUGGCCUGUACGAUUUUCCUAGUUCUGAGUGUGUAAAGGGAGGUAUCUGUAAAGCAGGAAAUAAUGCGCACAGAAAAGCUGGCAGAAGAAGAGAUCGACGGACAACGAGAACUGUUUCACAAGAUGUGUCAGUCGCAACUAAAACAACACUUCCUCAUAUGCCGCAUUCAAUGCACAAUUUGCUUGAGGUGCCAUGUUGCAAUCGCGGCCGCAAAGUGGGCAGACGUCGGUCCCGGUCGCAGGCGCCGGCGCUGGCCUCUUCCUCAUCAUCCGAAGACACCGUGAGCAAUGCUUCCGUGGCAUCUGUGGCAUCAGCAAGGGAACUACGACUACCGCCAGAUUUAGAAAUGCAGCCGUGUGAGGUCCGCCAAAGGAAACUGCUUCGGAGACAAAAGUGCCGUAGUUCUGAGGAUACUUCAUCAAAAAUAUCAUCGAGCUUGGACCUGAAUGAAGACUCGCGUAAGCCGGUCAAAGUCAACAAGCUGAGGACCAUAAGCAAUCAAAUAAGAUUUCUCCGUCGACUGGAACGCAGCUUAAAAAUGAAGGAAAGUUAUCCCGCGCUGUCAGACGAUGAAGGUGACGAAUCGUCGAGUGUCACAUCACCUUUGCUGCAAGGACGGAAAGAGAUGAAUCCGAUGGGAGGCCACGCGAUAUCAGCGCCUCUGCUGGGUGCCGCGAGACCUAAAAUGAUGAGGCAAAGGCGAUACGACAAAUCGUUGUUAAGUGAGGACAACAGGACGUUAAAUGCCGCGGGGAACGACAACUCUGAUUAAGUUUUACGGUGACUUGUGAUCUUGUUAAAUUUCUACUAUUUUAUACUAAUUUAUUUGUUGUCUACAAAUUGCUGUACCUCUACGUAUCGUCGUACUCAAGUUCAAAAAUAACAAAAUCUGUUACACCGAUUUGAGGUUAACU